GCAAAAACUGGUGGGUUUGCUCGUCUUCGGUUUUUCCUCAACCACCUUCAGUGUCUGCAUUCUAGGAUUUCACUUUUCUUCAAAUUUUCGUGCUCGGAAACCAUGUCGGAUGAAGCAAAAGCUUUUUUCUGUUUAUCGGAGGAACUCUUCGACAUGAUCCUUCACAAGCUGCCCAUCAAAUCCCUCAUCGUAUGCACUUCCGUCUGCAAAACCUGGAAUUCCAUUAUCAAAAGCCCCUCCUUCGUUUCGUCCCACCUCAGCCACACCAUCUCCUCCUACAAGGAGAACGACACCCACCUCUGCCUUCUCCGGAUUUGCUCUAUAGACGCAGCAGAAUACCGCUUCUCCUUGCGGUUUGACGACCAGGACUUGAUUGAGUGCACCUCGCUUCAGUUCCCUUACAGAGCCAAAUAUUGGUGUCAUGUAUUUGGGUCUUGCAAUGGAUUGGUAUUACUAAUGAAUGGUAAGUUUGGUACGCUUCCUGAUCGCUUGUUUUUAUGGAACCCCAUUGUGAGAAAAUCUCUGAUUAUCUCAGAAAAAGAUCUUAGUGCGUUAUUUGUGGCUGGGUUAGGGUUUGACUCUAGAGCUAAUGACUAUAAAGUGUUGACUGUUUCUCGCAUUAUGCAUAGUGACAAAGCUUUAAAGUUUGAGCUUUAUUCACUCAAUGCUAAUUCUUGGAAACAGCUUGAUGAUGUUGAAGCUAUCAGUCAUGGGUCGGUGGUUGUUGUAAGUAGGAAGAUGGCUUUUCUUAACGGAGUUCUUCAUUUUGUUGCAUUGAGGCGGAGGAGUAGAGGGAGGCCUCCCAUGUACUUGAUUUUGGGGUUUGAUUUGCAGGGGGAGGUUUUUCAUGAAAUUAUGUUGCCAGAUGGUAUAGUUCAUAAUUACAGACAUCCUACUGUUCAUGUAUGCGGGGAAUCUUUGGCAGUUGUCAGAUUCAAUCGUGCUAAUAAUGGAAUGGAUAGUAUAUUAGAAAUAUGGGUGAUGAAAGAAUAUGCUGUAGAAGGGUCAUGGACUAAACUGUCAAAUAUAAAUAUUAGUCUGGGAGGCUGUGCAAGGGUUUUGGGUUUUAGAAAGAAUGGCCAUGUCUUACUGAGUAUGAACAAGGGCUCUGCAUGGCUGUUGAGGAAUAGAGUUGGACAGAUGGUUUCAUGUGAUCCAAUGAGCCAAGAGAUCAAGGAUCUAAAGAUUCAUGGGAAUCAUUAUUGGUUUUUCUUUGAUAGUUUUGUGGAAAGCCUAAUCCUUCUGGAUAAAGGAAAUGAGUUGAGUAGGUACUUUGAAGUUGAAUCUCGCUACAUGACAGGUACGUUAAGCAAUGCGACCAGUUCAAGAAAUGUCAUGGAUUUUGUGCAUGAUGACUCAAGUGAUGAAGGAAGUGAGGAUUUAGGAGAAGAUUGAAGUGAAAGUGCAAGGAGUUAUUCAAGUGGAGAAGCAGGUGAGGAUUGGAUUCAAGCCAAUGAUGUAGCUGAUGAUUCAAGUCUCCAUGCCAGUUUUGGGUUUUAGAGAGGAUGACCAUGUCUUACUGAGUAUGAACAAGGGCUCUGGAUGGCUGUGGAGCAAUAGAGUUGGACAGAUGGUUUCAUGUGAUCCAAUGAGCCAAGAGAUCAAGGAUCUAAAGAUUUGUGGGAAUCAGUAUUGGUUUUUCUUUGAUAGUUUUGUGGAAAGCCUAAUCCUUCUGGAUAAAGGAAAUGAGUUGAUUAGGUACUUUGAAGUUGAAUCUCGCUACAUGACAGGUACAUUAAACAAUGCGACCAGUUCAAGAAAUGUCAUGGAUUUUGUGCAUGAUGACUCUAGUGAUGAAGGAAGUGAGGAUUUAGGAGAAGAUUGAAGUGAAAGUGCAAGGAGUUAUUCAAGUGGAGAAGCAGGCAAGGAUUGGAUUCAAGCCAAUGAUGUAGCUGAUGAUUCAAGUCUCCAUGCCAGUGAUGAUUAGGUGGCAAUGCAAGCAAAUGGAAAAUGCUUGAGUAUUUAGGUUUUCUUGUUUUGUAUUCUUAGUGAUAAAAUGGAAACGUAAUGGGUUGAUGUAGCUAUGGAGCAUGUAUUCAUCUAUAGUUAUACUGGGUUUAAAUUUAUGCUGUGGUGGACAUUUUAUCUAUCUAUAAAACCUUAGCACAUGU